AGUGGCCCAUAAACCCUCCUCCCUCUAGGGUUUUACUGACGUUCUCUUAAAAACCCUAAUUUUUCUCAGUUAGGGUUUUCUCGAGGUUGGAGAAAUGAUGAACAUAAUCUCGAGGAAGUCAUCUUCCUUGGCGUCUGUUAAGGCACCGAUUCGAGCCCUGGCCUCGGUGCCUCAUGUACAUUCUCUCCUCCACUUCCACAUCCACCCUCCAAUUUCCACCUCAGCUUCCGAUGCAGUUGUGGCUAGAAACGUUGUUACUUCUGCCGCCCCAAUUCCACCGCUGUCUGGUCUACUCGGGUUCAGCGGUUUUGGGGUGAGGAACUUUCGCUCCCAAUCUGGGCCCUUGGAUUUCAGGGCUUCUGUGGCGUCUCGGGCUGAGUACGCCGUUGCUGAUUUUUCCGAUGAGGAGAAGUCCUCCAAAGGAGGUGACGAGGGUCUUGAGAUAUCGAAACUUGGCAUUGCUCAAGAAAUCGUUUCUGCUUUGGCCAACAAGGGUAUCACUAAGCUCUUCCCUAUUCAGAGAGCUGUGCUGGAACCUGCAAUGCAAGGGCGUGACAUGAUCGGUCGUGCUAGAACAGGGACUGGGAAAACCCUUGCUUUUGGGAUUCCCAUCAUGGAUAAAGUUAUUCAAUACAAUGCUAAGCAUGGACGUGGGAGGAAUCCGUUGGCCUUGGUUUUGGCUCCAACAAGAGAACUUGCACGGCAAGUGGAGAAGGAAUUCUGUGAAUCUGCCCCCAAUUUGGAUACACUUUGUGUUUAUGGGGGUACCCCCAUCUCACGCCAAAUGAAUUCCCUGGACUAUGGUGUUGAUGUAGUUGUUGGCACACCUGGUCGCAUUAUCGAUCUGAUUAAGAGAGGUGCUUUAAAUUUGUCAGAAGUUCAGUUUGUUGUUCUUGAUGAAGCUGAUCAGAUGCUUGCAGUGGGCUUUGAGGAAGAUGUUGAAAUGAUUUUAGAGAAGUUGCCACAAAAUCGUCAGAGCAUGAUGUUCUCUGCAACAAUGCCAAGUUGGAUUAGGAAGCUUACCCAGAAGUACCUAAAAAAUCCAUUAACUAUUGAUCUUGUAGGGGAUUCUGAUCAGAAGUUGGCAGAAGGAAUUUCCCUAUAUUCUAUUGCAUCGGAAAUGUAUGAGAAAGCUUCAAUUGUUGGACCACUGAUAACAGAACAUGCAAAAGGUGGAAAAUGUAUUGUUUUCACUCAAACAAAACGCGAUGCUGAUCGAUUGGCAUAUGCUAUGGCAAGAAACUUCAGAUGUGAGGCUCUGCAUGGGGAUAUCUCACAGAGUCAGAGGGAAAGAACCCUUUCAGGAUUCCGAGAUGGGCACUUCAAUGUAUUAGUUGCCACAGAUGUUGCUGCUCGUGGGCUUGAUAUACCUAAUGUUGACCUGAUAAUACAUUAUGAGCUUCCCAAUUCCUCAGAGAUCUUUGUUCAUCGGUCUGGACGAACAGGACGUGCAGGAAAGAAAGGAACUGCAAUUCUCAUUUAUGCAGAACAGCAAGCCAGGACUGUCCGGUUUAUUGAGCGAGAUAUAGGAUGCAAAUUCUCAGAGCUCCCUAGGAUUGCUACUGAGGGUGGUAGCAGAGACAUGUUUAGGGACAUGGGUGGUGGUGGUGAUGGUGGCCGGUUUGGCUCUUUUGGAAGUAGGGGAGGUGGUCGUGUUGGUGGCGGAUUUGGCCGAUCUGGAUCAUCAUUUGGUCGUAGUGGUGGAUAUGGUGAAUCUGGCUCUGGACGUUCUGGUUCCUUUGGCGGAUUUGGCUCAAGUCGAUCGGGUGGUGGAUCUAGCUCUAGCCGUUCAGGCAAUUUUGGUGGCUCUAGUUUUGGUCGAUCAGGUGAAUUUGGGGACACUAUUGGUUCAGACCGAUCAAGUGGUUUUGGGAAUUUUGGUGGAUCAGAUCGUUCGAGUGGUUUCAGAAAUCCUGGUUCAGGUCGUUCUAGUGGAUCUGAUUCUACUCGUUUAAGCCGUACAAGUGGUGGCUUCAAUGAUUCGUUUUCAAGCCGUUUUGGUGACUUUGGAGAUGAUAGGAGUAAUAAUGGUCAGAGCACUGGGAGAAGAUCAUUCUAAAAUCACUCAACUGAUUUUCAUAAUGGCGAUUGGGGCACUAGGAGAGGUAUAAGGACAGAAAAACAGAGUUUGAAGGAAAUGAAAUAGCAAGAAAUGAAAUGAGAAUUUUGGUGAAGGUUUGUGGGGAUGACACAUGAAUCUUUUGUUUUUAGGUGUCUCUUGGUCGAUAUUAUUUGUUAGUAAUUCCUUGAGGAAUUAAAUAAACAUCAUAUACUUGGCACAUGUACACUUUAUUGCGAUAUGUUUUUAGUUAGUUUGGAAGGAUUCUGGUUUGACUUGAGAGUAAUCUUUCGUAUGAAUGAUGAAAUGGAUAUCACCUCAUUAUUUUUAGCUGGUCA